AUGCUGAGCACCACCAGCAGACACCGAGUGAGUUCGCUGCAUGCGGCGGCGCGGCGCGGCGACUGCGAGGUGCUGCGUCACCUGCUGCAGGAGGGCGCCUCGACGCACCAGAGGGACUCACUGGGCCGGACCGCCCUCCACUUCGCUGCGGCUGAGAACCACGAGCCGGCCUGCGCGCUGCUGCUGGAGUCCGGAGCGGAGCCGGACGCGCGCGACCACCACGGCCGCACUGCGCUGCACGCGGCGCUGGGCGCCUCGCCGCUGCACGCCGCCUCCAGGGAGGGCCGCCGCAGCCUCACCCGCCUCCUCCUGGAGCGCGGCGCUCCCGUCUCCGCACACGACGCACUGUGGCAGGCGACGCCGCUGCACCGCGCCGCGGCCGGCGGACACGUGAGCACUGCGGAGGCGCUGCUGGAGGCGGGCGCCGACGCGGGGGCGGCGGACGCGGAUGGGUGGACGCCGUUGCACGGCGCCGCCGCCGCCGGCCACUACGAGGUGGUGCGCCUGCUGCUCGACGCCUCCGGGACGGACCCGCGUGACCGCCUGGGGCGCACGCCGCUCUACCUGGCGGCGGAGGCGGGCUACUCCGCGGCGGUGCGCCUGCUGCUGGGGGCGGGCGCCGCCUCCUCCGCCGCCGACUGGCGCUGGGGGCAGACGCCGCUGCACCGCGCCGCCGACAGGGGCUGGGCCGGCGCCGCGCGAGAGCUGCUCUCCGCUAGCGACGCCGCCCCCGACGCCAAGGACGGCCGCUGGGGGCAGACGGCGCUGCACCUCGCCACCGAGGGCGGCCACCAGGCGGCGCUUCGGGCGCUGCUCUCCGCCGGCGCCGACCCCGACGCGGAAGACAGGUUCGGCAUGACGAGUCUGCACCGCGCGGCCGAAUGGGACCAGGCUGAGGUGGCCCGCCUGCUGCUUGGGGCCGGCGGGUCCGUGGACCGGCGGGAGCCGCUGUUCCAGAGGACGCCGCUGCACGUGGCGGCCGCAGAGGGACACGUGGCCGUCGCCCGCGUGCUCGUCGACGCCGGGGCAGACGUGGAGGCGCGCGACAGCGACGGCCGCACCGCCCUGCAGGUGGCGGCGGCGAGCGGCUGUUCCGGCGUCGUGGCGCUGCUGUCGCCGGCAGCCGCCGGCCUGCCACAGGAGGAACCGGCGGCGCACGGCUGCGGCGACUUGCUGCUCGACGGCCCGGCCAAGGCUGCGCCGCAGCUGCUCGCCUGAUGACGUCACACGGCAGAGAGCAGCGUCUCGGCGGCAGUGAACUGCCUGCCGCGCGUGAUGUCACCGCGGCCAGGUUUUGCGUCACGAGGGUGCGGCCAGAGGCAACUUGCCCAACAGCUGGCCUCAAUCCCAGGACGGUGUUUACUCCAGAACGUGUGCGAGUGUGUUCUUUAAACGGUCCGUUGAGUAGUGGAAAAUCUGUCCUGUUAUAAACAUCACAUGCAAGCAACAAUACAGUAGGUUUUUUUUGAAAAUGAUAACUUGUUUCGUUGAAUUAUUGAACAUCCUUGGAUAAUAGAGGCUGCAGAGAAACCAGUCCGUUCAUUUGCUAUACAGAGCAUGCCUCAGACCCUAAGCGCGACGUUAGACUAUAGCGACAUUUCAACGGCGCAGUGGCCGCAGAUCACUGCGCGUGACGUUAUAUGAUGUUUUCUAAGUGCUGUAAGGACUACGUGUUCGUUGCAUCUUUAACACAAAAACUGAAAACGGGUCUGCAACAAUCUAACUUACAAACAAUCACAGAAUACAGUUUUAAGAAUGCUUUGUAGUCACAUAGAGAUGUUGUGGAUGGUACUACAAAUAUUGAUCAAGCUCCUCAAUCAUAUACUAUGCACAAUCAACGCUAGUAUUGCUUCAUGUGAACUGAAUAAUUUGUAUUAGUGGUUAAUGCAAGAAACAUGUAUAUGUGAAUAAAUUUCAUUACCAGUUAUUAUAAUUUA